AUGCAAUUCAUCUCAACUCCACUUCAUACUUUCUCAUUUCUAAGCUACUUAAGGAGCUCCUUCCUGCAUACCAUGGCCUCCAAAUCGAGUUUCCAAGCCUUCUUUAAGAGUGAAGCAUAUGCAUCUUCAUUCAAACGCGGGGAAAUGGUGACUUCUACCUUUGCCCGCAUGCUGGUCGAGCAGAGCAACAUGAUCACCAGCUCCAAGAGCAAUCCCAAACAGUCUCUGGUGAUCCUCGAUAAUGCGUGUGGAACCGGCGUUGUUUCCAGUAUACUCAACGAGCAGCUUGACUCCAAUUCCAAGGCGCACUGGAGGUUGACAUGUGGUGAUAUCUCAUCGGAGAUACUCAAAUAUACUCAGCACCGGAUGGAAGAUGAGAACUGGCAGAAUGCCGAGACGCAACUUGUGGAUGCGCAAAGCCCUGAGCUGCCGAGCUCAUUUUACGAUUACAUAUUUACAGCCUUCGCUUACAUGGCACUUCCUAAAUCGAUCAAGGCCCUCGACGUACGAAUGCUCAAACCAGAUGGAGUGAUCGCAUUUUCAACCUGGAUAGAGCCCGGCUGGAUCACCGUUGCCAGACGAGCUAUCCAACAAAUGCCGGGACAUCUACCUUUCCCGGAAACCACAGAUCUCCUGAAAAAGCUGACUGACGGUGAAUGGCACUCGGUGGAUUGGAUCAAGUCUCAGCUUCAGGAGCGUGGCUUCGAAGAUAUCGACAUUCGUGUUGAAACGGCUAAAAUCACACUCGAAUCCUCCGUGUUUGUGGAUAUGAGUAUGUUGAUGCUUCCGAUUAUGAUGAGAUCUUUCUGGACUGAGGAGCAAAGAGAGAUGUAUGAGCCGAAGGUUCACGCGGCUUUGGUGGAAUAUGUUGAAGACGUGUUCGGCUACGGUAAAGAUGUUGAGACUGAGUGGGUGGCGAUUAUUUCCACUGCACGAAAGGCCAAUUAG